AUGGAAGAUGAAAAGUUAAGCUCGGCAAAUUUUAGCCGAGUUUCUGCCCAUAGCCAUAUUAGAGGAUUAGGUUUGAAGGAUGAUGGAACAGCAUCAGAUGACGGGUCUUGCGGAAUGAUUGGUCAACUACAGGCCAGAGAAUCUGCAGGAGUAGUUCUGAGUCUAAUACGUAACAAAAAGCUCGCAGGAAAAGCUGUAUUGUUGGCAGGUCCUCCCGGUACUGGCAAGACAGCAAUUGCCCAGGCUAUAGCACAUGAAUUAGGUCCAAAAGUUCCGUUUUGCCCAAUGGUAGCAUCUGAAGUGUAUUCAGCUGAGGUCAAAAAAACUGAAAUACUCAUGGAAAACUUUAGAAGAGCUAUUGGACUUAGGAUUAGGGACGUUAAAGAAGUUUACGAAGGAGAAGUUGUCGAAUUAGUCACCGAAGAAACUGAAAAUCCGCAUGGAAACUUUGGAAAGGCAGUCUCGGCAAUAGUAUUGACUUUAAAAUCAGCAAAAGGAACAAAAACACUUCGUCUUGCUCCUCAGUUAAACGAUGUUUUUUACAAGGAAAAAGUCAAGGUUGGAGACAUAGUUUAUGUAGAAUCUUCAAGUGGAAUUGUCAAGAGAUUGGGAAGAUCAGAUUCAUUUGCCACAGAAUUUGACUUAGAAUCCGAAGAGUAUGUUCCUCUCCCAAAAGGAGAUGUUUAUAAAAAGAGGGAAAUUGUUCAAGAUGUUACCUUGUAUGAUCUAGAUUUGGCAAAUGCUAAACCUCAGGGUGGCCAAGAUAUCAUUUCUUUAUUAGGUCAAUAUGUACGUCCAAAGAAGACGGAAAUUACUGAGAAACUCAGGCUCGAGGUUAACAAGAGUGUAAAUGAAUAUAUUGAUCAGGGAGUAGCGGAACUUGUCCCAGGUGUUUUGUUUAUUGAUGAAGUGCACAUGCUCGAUAUCGAAUGUUUUACAUUCCUUAACAGAACUCUUGAAAGCUCUCUAGCUCCAAUCGUUAUUUUUGGAACCAACAGAGGCGUAUGUACUGUUAGAGGUACUGAUAUGCUAUCAUCGCAUGGAAUUCCCGUUGAUUUAUUGGAUAGGCUUCUAAUUAUUAGAACAGUUCCAUACAACAUUGAAGAAAUGAUUAGAAUCGUCUCUAUUAGGUGCGAUAUAGAGGGCAUUAAAGUCGAUAAAGAGUCUCUACAACUUCUGGGAGAAAUUGGAAGUUCUACAUCACUACGUUAUAUAUGCCAGCUAUUAACUCCUGCUUACAUCAUUGCAAGUACUUUUGGAAGAGAAAGCAUUUGUAAAUCCGAUAUCCAAGAAGUAGAUAGUCUUUUCUUCGAUUCAAACGCAUCUGCCAGGAGAUUAGCUGAAGACUCUAGUUCAUUCAUCCUCUAG